AUGGCGGCGAGCGCGAGCAACAGGGGAAAAUUAAACCGUGACGCCGCACUGAAGGAAAAAAACCCUUCGCUUGGAGAAUCGACGAGUAGUGUUGAAUGUGGAGUGCCACACUUGCUUUCCACCUUGCUUUCCGCCAUCCUGACUUGUAAUACCGACUACUCGUUGCGACAAAUCUCAAACUUGACGGAGGAUAAUCCUGAGUGCUGUCAU